GUCACACACUAUAUAAGUUGUUACAUGAGGAAACUCCAAGCCCUAUUGAAGAAGUGUACUGGAUCAAGGUGAAAGAACCUGGAAGAGAUCCUUCUCACGAAUUGGGGGAAAUUUUGGAAGGGUUUACAGAUGUUUUUGAAAAACCAGAUUCCCUUCCCCCACCCCGGGGUAUUGAACAUCAGAUAGUGCUCAAGCCUGGAAGCAUUCCCAAACAACAGUACCCUUAUAGGGUCUCACACAGUCAAAAAGAUGAAAUAGAGAAAAUUGUGGCUGAAUUACUAGAGUCAGGGGAAAUACAACCCAGCAAGAGCCCUUUUUCCUCACCUGUCCUACUAGUGAAGAAAAAAGAUGGCAGCUGGAGAAUGUGUGUGGAUUACCGAUACCUUAACAGCCUUACCAUUAAGCAUGAUUUUCCUAUUCCUAUUAUUGAUGAGCUACUAGAUGAGCUAAAGGGAGCCAAGUAUUUCUCAAAGAUAGACCUCAGAUCUGGGUAUUUCCAAAUCCUAAUGUCCCCGGAGCACCGGUACCUCACAGCAUUCAGAACCCAUCACGGGCACUAUGAAUUCCUAGUCAUGCCCUUUGGGUUGUGCAAUGCCCCAGCCACGUUUCAAUCCUUGAUGAACCAGGUUUUUAAGGGACUGUUGAGGAAAUCAGUGCUAGUAUUCUUUGACGAUAUACUAAUCUACAGCCCUAACUGGAAACAGCACAUUCAGGACCUUAAGAGUGUUUUGGAAAUAUUAAGGAGUCACAAGUUAUAUGCAAAAAAGAGUAAAUGUACUUUUGGGCAGGAGUCGGUUUCUUACUUGGGACACAUAAUUAAACAGGAUGGAGUAACUACCGACCCAGAAAAGAUUGAAGGAAUGGUUAACUGGCCUACACCGACUUCCUUAAAGGAAUUGAGGGGGUUCCUAGGACUGACAGGGUACUAUAGAAAAUUCGUAAAAGGGUAUGGGAUCAUUAGUAGGCCCUUAACAUCAUUACUGAAGAAAGGGGCUUUUCAAUGGAAUCCUGAAGCAGAUCAGGCUUUCAAGGAACUGAAGAUUGCCAUGACUACUACGCCAGUUCUAGCACUUCCAGAUUUUACUAAACCAUUCAUUAUUGAAACAGAUGCUAGUGGAAGUGGAAUCGGGGCAGUUUAAUGCAGGAAGGGAGACCCUUGGCUUUUCUAAGCAAGAAGUUGGGAGUGAGACACAUGGGCCUUUCUAUCUAUGAAAAAGAAUUUUUGGUUGUGCUCAUGGCUAUUCAAAGAUGGAGACACUAUCUGCAAGGCCACAAAUUUAUCAUCAAGACAGAUCAGCAAGCCCUGAAAUACCUACUUGACCAGAGGAUCACUACACCCUUACAACAAAAAUGGAUAACUAAGCUUUUAGGAUUGAACUAUGACAUACAAUACAAAAAGGGGGUCGAGAAUAAGGUGGCAGAUGCCCUAUCAAGAAAGGAACUGGACAAGGAAGGAUGUUACUCCCUUUCUACAGUUAAACCGGUCUGGGUACAGCAGGUCCUGGAAAGUUAUGACAAGGAUCCUUUUUUCUCUCAAAUAAUUAAGGAAAAACUAGAAGAUCCUGUUUCACAUCCAGAUUUUGAGAUUUUUGAUGGCAUUUUGAGAUAUCAGGGAAGGCUGGUCAUUGGUAGUAAUACUGAGCUCAGGCAUACUAUCUACAAAGAACUGCAUGCAUCCGCAGUAGGUGGACAUUCGGGCAUACAAGGAACCUAUAUGAGGAUUAAGAGGGUAUUCUACUGGCCAAGAAUGAAGAACAAUAUUAUCCUCUGGAUAAAAGAAUGUGAGGUGUGUGCCAAGACUAAACCUGACGGGGUACCUUACCCCGGGCUGUUACAACCUCUGCCCAUUCCCGACCAAGCUUGGAGCCACAUAAGCAUGGACUUCAUUGAAGGACUCCCUAAAUCUCAGGGCAAAGAUGUUAUCCUAGUGGUUGUUGAUAGGCUCACUAAAUAUGGACACUUCUUGCCCUUGUCUCAUCCCUAUACAGCCCACACAGUAGCAAAGAUGUUCCUUGACAAUGUGUACAAGCUACAUGGCCAACCUAUAGAUAUACUAUCUGACAGAGAUGCAGUAUUUUUAAGUGGCUUCUGGAAGGAAUUAUUCAAGCUCAUGGGAACUCAUUUAAGCUAUACUUCAGCUUAUCACCCCCAAACAGACGGACAAACAGAGAGAUUAAACCAGUGUUUGGAGGCUUACCUUAGGGCUAUGACCCACCAAAAUCCCAGGCAGUGGGUACAGUGGCUAUCCCUAGCUGAGUACUGGUAUAACACCAAUUACCACUCCAGUACUAAAACUACCCCAUUUGAGGCCUUAUAUGGACACACACACCCGACCUUAUCCAUACCCACACCUUCUGCCCUAACUAAUAUAGAGGUGAGGGAGCUUAUAAACCACAGACAAAGGCUGAAACAGGAGCUGAAAGAAAAUCUCAAAUUAGCUCAAGAGAGGAUGAAAUAUUUUGCAGACAACAGACGGGUUGACCGUGAGUUUGAGGUGGGGGACCGAGUUUACCUGAAAUUGCAACCAUACAGACAACAUUCAGUAUUCCUGAGGAGAAACCAGAAAUUAGCAGCACGUUACUACGGACCUUAUACCAUACUUGAAAGAAUUGGGAGAGUUGCUUACAGGCUAGACUUACCUGAAGAUACCAAAAUACACCCUGUUUUCCACGUUUCCCUUUUGAAGCGUUGUAUCAGUCCGAGAGCAGAGGUGUCGACUACCAUACCUCCGGUUGAUAAAGAUGGGUGCUUUAUCAUUACUUCAGCCUCUGUGAAGGGAAUUUGCAGGGAUCCCACUGGAACUGCUAGGGUAACUUUACUCCUAGCCCUAAAAGCAGAUGGAGGAAUUAUGGAAGGUUGGGUAUCUAAGGCUAAUUUCAGGAAAAUGUUUCCAAAGAUUGAUCCUUGGGGUCAAGGAUCGCUGAAAGGAGGGGGUAUUGUCAUGUUUCCGGCCAAAUCGUUCAGCAAGAUCAAGAUUUCAUGCGACAUAAGGGAAGAAAAGGGCACUGGCAGUCUGGUCGGUUCUAUGCCAGGGAAGGAAGAUGGGUUGGAAUAGUCCAGACCCGGGCCAGGAGAGCAAAUAUCUUAGUG